AUGUUACAGCCGCCUGACGCUCUCACUCUUCUCAACCGUCUUCCGGCACCGCAACCGCAGCCCCAAGUCGCCCAAGACAUAAUGCGCUUCGCCAUCUUCUCCUUCCUCGUUGCGCUCCUCGCUGCCUUCGUCAUGGCUAGCGCACCCCACCGCUCCGUCAUCAUCAGCUGGCCCAACGACACACCCGACGACAUUGUCGAGCAGAGCAAGGAGGCUAUCCGACAGGCCAAGGGCGUCAUUACCCACGAGUACAACAUCAUCAAGGGCUUUGCUGCCACCGCCCCCGCUGCCGCUCUCGACAUGGUUUCGACGUUGAGCGACGUGUACAAGUGCGAGAUCGAGGAGGAUGGCAUCGUUACCACGCAGAACAACAAGGAGUAG